UAAGCGCUGUGAACUGCACUUAUAAAAGUUUCAGUGCGCAUGGAGAGAGCUGAAUUGUAUGGGCAGUCAAACAGCGCAGGUAACAUUACCCUGAUGUGCUAACCCACGCCGUUCUUCGUUUGCAGUUCUCUCCGUGAAUAUCACCUGCUAUCGACAACAGGCAGCUGCCCAUCACGAUCUGGGCAAAAAAAAAUAAUAAUAUCCUUCAUCGGUUGCGGAAUUGUCUACGUACAGCAAUAUCUCUUACAGCGCUGUGGCAAAAGUUCAAAGGGGGAAAAACCACACAUGCAAAGCCGUGUUCACCGUUUUAACGAUUACUUUUUUAAUACGGACAAGCGCGCAACAGAGACUCCCAGCUUAGCAUCACUGCAUCUUUCUUUGAAACUAUGGAUACAGACACAGACAAGAUUAUUAUAAACGUUGGUGGAAAACGCCAUGAGACGUACGCCAGCACACUUCAAACCAUUCCCGACACGAGGCUUUCAUGGUUAGCAGGCAGUUACCUUAACAGUGAUACUAAACAAGAAUUUUUCUUCGACCGAAAUCCAAAAAUCUUUGGUAUCAUUUUGAACUAUUACCGCACAGGCCAUCUCCAUGCGCCGAGGGAUUUCUGCGGUCCGCUGUUUCAAGAGGAGCUGGCGUUCUGGGGAAUCGAGGAGAGGGAGAUGGAAGCGUGUUGUUGGCCAUAUUACACGCAACACCGAGACGCUGAGAAAAAUUUGAAGGAUUUUGUAGGACCUGAGUUUGAGGAUUCUGAUGAGAACGACGACGACGAAUUUUCACCGGAAUUCGAUUCAACAUACGGUCAGGCCACUUCUUUGUCAUGGUGGACAAUAUACAGACCUAAAGUUUGGGCCGUGUUGGAUGAUGCUCAUUCGUCUACCAAGGCUAAGGUCUUCGCUUUAACCUCUUUUUUUAUGAUUCUGGCGUCUGUGGUAUCCAUGUGCGUCUCGUCUGUGGUACAGGAUGAAAAUAAUGUCUACAUUAGAGGCUUUGAGUACGCCUUUUGUGCCUGGUUCACUUUGGAAUUUGGCGCAAGGUUGUUAUUUUGCCCAGACAAGUUGGCUUUCUUUAAAGAAAUUAUGACGUGGGUCGAUCUUAUAUCGUUGUUACCUUUUUAUGAAGACAUAAUUUUUGGUACCAGUAUGUUAAAAUUUCUACGAGCCGUGAGACUUAUACGUACAUUUCGCGCACUGAAAGUGUUCGCCUUCACAAGCGGUUUACAGAUUAUAGUGCAAUCACUCAAAGCGAGUUUCAGAGAAUUGAUCCUACUGCUGAUAAUUCUCCUCAUUCCAGUUGUCGUGUUUUCAAGCGUGUUGUUCGAAAUCGAAUCCCAUCAACCCAAACAGAAGGACUUUAAGAACAUCCCACAGGCAUUUUGGUGGGCUAUCAUUACCAUGACAACAGUAGGCUACGGCGAUAUGGUACCGAUCACGAUCCCUGGGCGAAUCAUUGGAGGAAUCUGUGCCAUACUUGGCGUGCUUAUUGUGGCGUUGCCUGUUUCGGUUAUUGGCAAUAACUUUUCCACUUAUUACUCUCACGCGCAAGCAAGGCUGAGUCUUCCAAAGAAAAAGCGUCGCUUGAUCAUGUGUGAAGCCAAACUGCGGGCUAAUCCUAGACAAGGGCAAUCACCUUCCAGUUCAACAUCACUACGUGCAAAUGGUGUUCACGAGGUCCCAGAGGUCGUGACUGAGACACCAUCCAGGACAGGCUCUGCCACAAAAUACAGACGCUACCACCGCCGUUCUAGAAAUACUCUAUUUGCGCAUGGUGAUGUCUACAUAGGGCCAACGAGGUUUGAUAGGCAUAAGCUUCAUCACGCUGAAACAUGCAAUGAGGAGGAAAAUGAGAAUGAAAGCGAGAGUGAAACAGGGAAAAGUGAAUGUCCCACCGCAAGGGAAACAACAAGCAGCGGAGACUUAGACAAUGUGGUAGAAAAAGGAGGAACCUUGCCACCUCAGGCUAGUGAGGAACUUCCCCGUAUUUCGGCGCUCCCUAGAAAUUUCACACUCAUUAACUCGAUGCAUGAGAGCGAAGAAAUUAUCGAAGAGGAUUCGAGGCCUUCUUCCGUUCUUUCUGAACGUCGCGGGACAAAAAAGAAAAAGCUGCACCCUGGUGUCCAAUCAUCUCGCCGUAAAAAAUCCAAUAGCUCUCUCUCAAGGUCAUGGAUAGAACUAAAAGCUCAACAAGCGCAAUCACCACAAGAGAACGGGCAUCCUCAGAGUUCCCGCGGGAACAAAGCUCGCGUGUCCUCGGUGGAUGCACGGGGAUCACCGCAGGAGAAGGGGCGUCCUCAGAGUUCCCGCGGAAACAAAGCUCGCGUGUCCCCGGUGGAUGCACGGGGGAGUUACAAAAACCCGUGUAUGGAAAAGGAGAGUCCCUCGAAUUUAUCCUCAUCCCGGAUUUACUCCGUACCCUCGUUUAAGGUGGACAGUGAGACUACCCGACUGGAUAAAGGAGAUAUGCCUGGCGAAGAGAUCAACUCAAACUCGGCGAUUGUAAAUGAUAGCAAUCACAGAACUGGUAAAUCAUCGGAGCACGAUUUUGCAAACGGUUUUAUAGCUUAAUAGUAGAGAAAACUAAGGAAAGUAAUAAAUAGAAUAGAAAGACGACUGAAAUUCGUCCACAAUGGUAUGUGGAUGAGAAUAUUUGCAUUAUCGACGCAUAUUUAGCGGGCACAAUGAAGUUAGCUUAUGAAGCUAAGGCUGGAUAUUCAGGGUGUGGCUAGGGAAGGGGGGGUCCUCGAGGGCCGCUGUCCCCCGCUGCCUUGGAUGACUUACUAUGAAGUUAGUAACUUAAAGGGAGACGAGAAAGCGUAAAUCAUGAAUUUGCACGUUAUGCAUCAUUCAGUGCUCAUCCGACAAAUGUCGCUCUUAAUGAAACACAGCAUGGCUGUCGACAUAACAGUCAGACAGUUAUGCUGGGAGAGACCUUGCAUCACUCCUAUCCCCUCAGCUCUUUGAAAAUCCUGGUCACCACCCUGAGUAUUAAUUAAAACCUACCUCUAAUGACUUAGCUCUUGCCCUUGUUAGGCGUGUACGUCGUCGUAACGUUGCUUCCUAUUUCAUUUAAGCGCUAGCCACACUUCCUAUCGCGAUGCAACUUCAAUUUAGUAUCUAAAGAUAACGAAACAGAUGCAGUCUUGAGUUUUUUCGUCUAGCCAAAGACUAGCAAAGGCUAUGUUCAACAGUGAAGAAGUUUUUCACUGCUGUCCUAUAUGGAAAACGCGGGCUCGUUUUCCCCGACUUAUUAUAUUCUCAAAAUGAAGACGACUGUGGUUUAAUCCUGGAUGAAAAUGAUACGAUAGAAAGAUGAAACAUAAAGAAGAUUAGAUUUGUAUUCAUAUCAUAUUCUUGAGGCUACGUUCCUCAUGAUCGCAAUUACCUUACUGAGCAGAUGUCAUCUAAAUAAACUUAUUGGAAUUUAUGCUAGUGGUUUGGACUUUUGAAGAUCUGUCGAUAUGGUGAGGAAAUUGUAAAGUGAUGUGAUGAUAUUUACCAAAUGGUACUUCUCGGUAAUCUUUUAUUCCAGUGACAGUAGACACAGAAGUAAAAAAUUGUACCUAUUCUCUAAUACUCCAGCGCCUUGUUCCCAGUCUUUCUCCCUCGCAACAGUCGCAGAGGUCACAACAUUUCCCAAACUUGAGAGGGAAAUGCGACAAUUUUGAGUCCAACUUGUUUGAAUACACUUUACCUAAGAAUCAAGGCGUCGUUAUCUACAACCUAAAGGUAUGAUUGGUGAAGGUUUGGAGUUUUAGAGUAAAAAAAAGAGUCGAAUAUGACAGUAUUCACAUGGAAUCUGAAAAGCAAGCAAACAUUAGGGUAACACUUAGCAGGUUCUUUUGUGUUUAUUAAGCCUUGUAGUGAUCCUGUUCAAGCUGAACCCUUCACUUUAAAGCCUUUCACUUUCAACGUCUCCAUUUUUUCUCCUUACUGUCCACCAUGGACACCUGACUGUGAGAGUUUUGUGUUAAAUCGAGUAAU